AUGGAGGAGGAAGGGACUGCAGCUACUGGAACUAUAACGACGACACAGCAACAACAAUAUUCAUCAGAAAAAACAAUAAAUUUUGAUGAUGUUCCUACGGAGUUGAUGCACCAUAUACAAUCCUUGUUGUUGGAUAAAUCGCUAAAAGAUGCUGCCCGCACGUGUGUCUUGUCCAAGUCUUGGCUACAGGCUUGGUCUACCUUCCCAGACCUCUACUGGUUUCCUACACAGUACGGGGAAACAGAAGAAACAAAAAACAUUAAUAAUUUAGUAUACCGUACUGUCCAAACCUAUCACAACAACGGUGUACCGAUCCAAGCUUUAGCUUUUAGAUUCCAUGUCAGAGACCCGGUUUACACUGAAUUUUGGUUUAGGCUUGUACUGUCGUCCCAAACAAGAAGUUGUCUCAAGGAGCUUUUCCUUGUAAUACGCAAUUUCACCGAUUCCGGGUUUACAUUCUCAGAUGAUAUAUUAUUCUCCGGCGACAAGUUACAAACAAUUUAUUUGGAAAAACCCAAUGGCUGUAUGUUAAUCAAUCCCGGUGUCAAUCCUGUGAUCAAAUGUGUAUCCUUGCGUCAACUAGUGCUAAAAAAGGUGAAUGUAAGUGAAGACGUAUUUCAUAACUUGUUGUCUGCUUGUAGCUUGCUUGAGAUAAUUAUCCUUGAGCUGUGCAGUGGGGUGAACACAAUUAAGGUUAGAAAUCUUGGUUGCCUUCGCCAUCUUGAUAUAACUACCAUUGAAGGAGAUGGUCUUUUGGAAAUCGAUAAUGUCCCAAGUCUUGGCUUCUUUGGUUACCGAAUGCUUAGUCCUUGUCGUGGGAAAAACCUUUUACCAUUCAAAACUACGGACACCAUGGCUUCUUCGUUAGGAAGAAGCGUGAUAUGCUUACAUUUAAGCGGUACGAUCAUUGACGAUACCUUUUUUGAUAUGAUCAAAUCCAAGUUUCCUUUUCUCGAAACCAUGACGCUUGGAAACAUGAGUUGGGCCUCGGAAAGGUUGGUUAUUACUAUUCUUUCUCUCAAGAGUCUCACCCUACACAACAUGGUGUAUUGGAAGAGGCUAAUCGACCUGCAAGUUUAUGCUCCAUGUUUACUUUCUUUCGAAUAUGGCAAAAACCUACCACCAACCGUCUUGUUUCCAACCAUUUCUCCCAAGGAAAUUAAACUUCAAGCAAGGUUGACAUUCAAUCAUAUGCGACUGGAGCGUUUCAGUCAUGAACCACCAUUAUUCCCGUUGAACGCUGAUGAUAUUGUUGGUGAUCUUAGAGAAAAGGUCUUGUUUCCUGUUACUAACGUCCAACAACUAUGCCCUAUAAUUUGGGAUGUCGGUGAUCUUAGAGAAAGGGUCUUGCUUCCGGUUACUAACGUCCAACCACCAUGCCUUGAAAUUUUAGAUGAUCCAUUCAGCGAGCUCAAGGGAGUCUUUGAUAUUUUAUUUUCUAUUUGCCAUCCCAUUCUUGUUAAGGUAUGGGACAACAAGCAGCGCUUCCCUAAGCCAACGGUAAUAAGGGGGAUGAUGGAAUAUAAGACGACUGAUCUAAAAUUUGUCAUGAUGAAAAACCCUCUUAGCGGAAGAUGGGAGGCUCUCACAAGCUCUUCGGAAACCGAAUUUUUUAUUGACUCCUUGCCUGACACAGAUGAUGUGGAGUUUGAACUUGAGUUUAAAUUUGAGUGGUUUUCUCAUGAUUAG